GGGCGUUAGCUACAAGCCUAUAACUCAUCACACACUAAAACAGAUCUAAAUCUGCUUCAGCUUCAUUCUCUUCAGUACCUUUAUCUUUUUCUCUUUUUGUAGUAAUGGAGCUUCAUCUGCCUUCGUUCCAAGUCCUUCUCACCUUCCUUCUUGUUUUUUUCAUGAUGUUCAAGAGUUUAAAGAAGUCAAAAUCCAAAGAUUCAACCCGGAAAUCGAUUCCAGGGCCAAAGAAAUUACCAGUGAUUGGAAAUCUGCACCAAAUUGCUAGUCCUCUACCCCAUAAGACCAUGAGAGACUUGGCCCUCAAACAUGGACCCUUGAUGCACCUACAACUUGGUGAAGUUUCCACAGUGAUAGUUUCUUCACCAGAAGUUGCCAAAGAGGUCAUGAAAACCCAUGACGUCAACUUUUCUUACAGGCCAGCUCUUGUUGUUCCGAAGGUCACCACUUAUGAUUUCACAAACAUUGCCUUUGCACCUCAUGGAAACUAUUGGAGACAUCUGCGGAAAGUGUGCACGACAGAGCUUUUGAGCGCCUCAAGGGUCCAAUCAUUUCGAUCAAUAAGAGAAGGAGAGGUUUUGAAUCUCAUCAAAACGUUACAGCAAAGUAAUGGAAAGCCUAUCAAUAUUGGCGAGAAGAUUUUCUCAAUGACAUAUGGGAUAACAGCAAGGGCAGCCUUCGGUAAAAAAUGCAAAGAUCAAGAAAUAUACAUUGCUAAUAUUACAGAAAUCACAAAACUGGUAUCUGGUUUUUGUUUAGCUGAUUUUUAUCCUUCAAUUAAAGGGCUUCAGCAUUUUAGUGGUCUAAAGGCAAAAGUUGAAAAGAUUCAUAAGAAGAAUGAUAGGAUUGUUGAAAACAUCAUUAAGGAGCAUAGAGCGAGAAGGGCAAGUGGAAAAGGCAAAGAUGAAUUCGAAGUAGAGGAAGAUCUAGUCGAUGUUCUCUUACGGAUUCAGGAGGAAGAUGAGUUUACCCUUGAAGACAAAAACAUCAAAUCAGUCAUCUUGGAUGUUUUUGGUGCUGGAAGUGAAACUUCAUCAACAACAGUUGAGUGGGCAAUGUCAGAAAUGAUGAAACACCCAAGGGUGAUGAGAGAGGCCCAAGCUGAAGUACGGCGAGUUUUCAAAGAAAAAGGAAAUGUAGAUGAAACAGGACUUCAUGAACUCAAGUACUUGAAAGCAGUCAUUAGAGAAACAUUUCGAAUGCGCCCUUCUGUACCAUUGUUGCUUCCUAGAGAAUGUAACCAGGCUUGUGAAAUCAAUGGCUAUAAGGUUGCUGCUAAAACUAGAGUCCUCAUCAAUGCAUGGGCACUUGGAAGAGAUCCUGAUUACUGGAAUGAACCUGACAAGUUUUACCCUGAGAGAUUUCUCAAUAGUUCAAUUGAUUACAUGGGGACAAAUUUCGAGUUCAUCCCAUUUGGUGCUGGAAGGAGGAUAUGUCCGGGGAUAUUGUUUGCAGCACCUAAUUUAGAGCUGCCACUUGCUCAGUUAUUGUUCCAUUUUGAUUGGAAGCUGCCCGAUGGAAUUAAAGCCGAAGAUCUAGAGAUGACUGAGGUCUUUGGCAUGACUGUGAAGAGGAAAAAUGACCUUGUCCUAGUUCCCACUCCUUACCAUGGUUCUACUAUUGUGCAUUAGAAUAAAAAAGGAAGCAAAUCUUUGGGUCCCUUACUAUAUAUGGUAGUCACCAAGGGAAGGCUGUUAGAUAAAUGACCUGUUUCCUUUAAGCUGAUGCUCCCAUCUCAUGUACCCAUAAGCUGUUGCUGUCAUGUAGUGGAAAAGACAAAUAAGCUGCUGCUGUCAUGUAGUGGAAAAGAAAAAUAAGCUGCUUGCUUUCAUGUAGUGGAAAAGAAAAAUAAGCUGCUGCUGCUAGCUGCUGUCAUUUUCUUGCUUUUAGUGCAUAGGGAAAUGUUGAGUUUUAUUGCAUGCACCAUUUGAAAGAUUUGUAGCUAAAAGAAUUAAAUGGACAACUUCUGAAAAAAUGAGU